GGGCGCGACCGGAGGCAGCGGCGGGGUGGGGUCUGUCCUGCUCUCCCUCCAUACAGUCACUGCUAUUCUACUUUUAUGACUUCGAGAUUUUGGCUACAGUUCUCUAGACUCUUCAGCAAUCCUGGAGACACAUGUCUGUUACUAUGGCAAUGACGGCAGGGACUGCAGCCUCCUUUCCUAUGAGCAACCAUACCCGGGAAAGAGUGACUGUGGCCAAGCUCACAUUGGAGAAUUUUUACAGCAAUCUAAUUUUACAGCAUGAAGAGAGAGAGACCAGGCAGAAGAAAUUAGAAGUGGCCAUGGAAGAAGAAGGAUUAGCAGAUGAAGAGAAAAAGUUACGCCGAUCACAGCAUGCCCGAAAGGAAACAGAGUUCUUACGGCUCAAGAGGACCAGACUUGGCUUGGAUGACUUUGAGUCUCUGAAAGUUAUAGGAAGAGGAGCAUUUGGAGAGGUGCGGCUGGUUCAGAAGAAAGAUACAGGCCAUAUCUAUGCAAUGAAGAUAUUGAGAAAAGCUGAUAUGCUUGAAAAAGAGCAGGUGGCCCAUAUCCGAGCAGAGAGAGAUAUUUUGGUAGAAGCAGAUGGUGCCUGGGUGGUGAAGAUGUUUUACAGUUUUCAAGAUAAGAGGAACCUUUAUCUGAUCAUGGAAUUUCUCCCCGGAGGUGACAUGAUGACAUUGCUAAUGAAAAAAGAUACCUUGACAGAAGAGGAAACACAGUUCUACAUUUCAGAGACUGUUCUGGCAAUAGAUGCAAUCCACCAGUUGGGUUUCAUCCAUCGGGAUAUUAAACCAGACAACCUUUUAUUGGAUGCCAAGGGUCAUGUAAAAUUAUCUGAUUUUGGUUUAUGCACGGGAUUAAAGAAAGCUCAUAGGACUGAAUUCUACAGAAACCUUACACACAACCCGCCAAGUGACUUCUCAUUUCAGAACAUGAACUCAAAGAGGAAAGCAGAAACAUGGAAGAAGAACAGGAGACAACUGGCAUAUUCCACAGUUGGGACACCAGAUUACAUUGCUCCAGAAGUAUUUAUGCAGACUGGUUACAACAAAUUGUGUGACUGGUGGUCUUUGGGAGUGAUUAUGUAUGAAAUGCUAAUAGGAUAUCCACCUUUCUGCUCUGAAACUCCUCAAGAAACAUAUAGAAAAGUGAUGAACUGGAAAGAAACUUUGGUAUUUCCUCCAGAAGUUCCUAUAUCUGAGAAAGCCAAGGACUUAAUUCUUAGAUUUUGUAUUGAUUCUGAAAACAGAAUUGGAAAUAGUGGAGUUGAAGAAAUAAAAGGUCAUCCUUUUUUUGAAGGUGUAGACUGGGGGCACAUCAGGGAAAGGCCAGCAGCAAUCCCUAUAGAAAUCAAGAGCAUUGAUGAUACUUCAAAUUUUGAUGACUUUCCUGAAUCUGAUAUUUUACAGCCAGUGCCAAACACCACAGAACCGGACUACAAAUCCAAAGACUGGGUUUUUCUCAAUUAUACCUAUAAAAGGUUUGAAGGGUUGACUCAGCGUGGCUCUAUCCCCACCUACAUGAAAGCGGGGAAAUUAUGAACGCAGAUCACAUUCGCCCACAACCAAGAGAACUCAGGUAGCUGCAUCACCAGGCUUGCUUGGCGUAGAUAACAAGACACUGAAAUACUCCCGGACAGUGGUGCUUCUGAGCACAAGAGGAAAUUCUACAGGAUUAGGAUUUCUGAGACUACUACAGGAAUUGGUUGGCAGUGCCAGCUGGCUUUUUUUUUUUUUUAAUAUUUUAUUAUUUUUGUUAACUUUAUUAUAUGAAGGUACUGGAAUAAAAGAAACGUACAUCCCUCUGUAACUGCACUGCCUACAUGCGUAUUAAGGUCCAUUCUGCCUGUGUGUGCUGUGGCUUUUGUACUGUAACACCUCUAAUCGAUUCAGGAGAAACAUAUCAUUCAAAGCAGCGUAGGCUAACCUGUAGGUAGCACCGCAGUAUCACUGUUCUACUGCAAAUCUUAUGGGUCUAGAUAAUCACAAAAAAAAGCCAUCUUCCAUAGUUGGUGUUCGAAUACUUGCCCUAUUGGUUUGGACAUAUGUAGAAUGAAUAUAUCUGAAGACAAUUUCUGUAAGGGUCUUAAGAAAUUUUAGAAAGGAAAUACACUGGUUCUUUAAAAAAUAGACUUUAUCAUCAUGUUAUUUCACAAACUCCACAGUUGGGAGUGACAGGUUUGUAAGAAGGAGGAAGUUUAACACCUUCACUCAAGCACUCCACUAAUAUAUUUACUUUGCAUUCAGAAAUACUGAUGACCUUUGUAUACGUAGUCUGUAUAUUCAUAGGGAGAUGUACUGUAUUAUAUGAAAUGUAAAGUUGCUUUUCUUGUGACAAAAGGACUUCUUUUUUAACAAGAGGACAUGGCAUUAUUUUGAUUUGAUUAUGGUGAGUUGAAUUUAAGAAAUGACCAUGAAGGCUGCUUGUAGAACUGGUGUAUUUUUAUUAAACUAUUUUUUUAAAUGUCAAUCUUCUGAUCAUGUAAAUGGACUUACGAAGAACAGAGACCUAUUUACUUUGGUUUUCUAGAAAGUUGUUACAUAUCAUGGCCGGUUAACUUUUAUUUCUUUUGGUGAAAAAUUUUUCCUUUGAUAGUACUUGUAUUAUUGUGCCAUUAUUUUCUUACACUCCAAAUGUACCAAAGAUCCUGAACAGAGUGGAUGUUCACCACCGAGGAGAUUUUCCUUUCCUAUGGGAAUGCCAUAUUCGGACACGACAGAUCUUUGAUAGAGGUCAAGCUUAUUCAAGGGCAAUAUUGUUCAUGUUCAGCUACAUCACCGUGGUUAACGUAAGUGAAAUUAAGGAAGUAAACACAGGUGGGGCGGAGGGCGGGUUGUGAGGAGAGGAUGGGGGGAUGCCUUCAGCAUCAAAUUCUUCAGCUAUUUCCCUAAGAAUGAAAUAAUCUUUUCUAGCUCAAUGCUUUAAUUCUAAAAUGACUCUCUGAGGUUUUGGUUUCAAAAGUACUAGUUGAGGAGCAACAUUUUAUCAAAGAAUGGCCUAACAUUUGUCUUAACUGUUAAUUGAUAAGUUGUUUUUUUUUUUUAAAGCUAUAGCAAUUACAACCAUUACAAAUUACCUGUGAUCAAAAUCUAAAAUGAUGACUUAUUUGUAGGUGUGUUCUUCUUGAUGGGGAAGCACUGUAUAGCAUCAUUACGUACAUCUACAGAAGCUUUUAUAAACGUUGCUGCGAGGUAGCUCCCCAGUGUUUCAGCAGGGCCAUCCUGGGGUUUGGGUUUUGUUUUUUUUUUCUUCCACCUAGUCUCUCUCUUUCCUUCUUCCUUCUUUCCUUCUUCCCUUCCUCCCUUCCUCCCUUCCUUCUUUCCUUCCUUCCUUCCUUCCUUCCUUCCUUCCUUCCUAGUAUUUGUUUGGUACUUACUAUGUGUUCAUCUAAUAGUUCAUCUCCAUUUUUCUUGUUUGGAUCAUGUGGCUGAGUAGGAGAAAACUAUUACAAUUCUGGGGUUAUCUCAAUUUGACCAACUCUGGUCAAAUUAUAUUAUAACCACAUCUGAUUUUUAAAACUCUGUAACUUCUCACUUUUAUAAGAUUUUCUCACCCCACCUCAUCCCCCCCGCCUUUUUUGUUUUUUACAGACUGUUUUGCUAGUGUGAUAGUGAAUGAGUAAGAUAGGAGGAAAUUACAUCACUCUCUAGUUGUAAUAUAGUAGCUAUUUCAGUAUAGAAAAGUGUCAUUAAUUCAAGUUGACAGAGAGAGAGAGCUGAAGUUUACUAUUUAAUCGAGUAAGAGUAGAGCAUUUUGGUUUCUAUCUCCCUCAUUUUUCUUAGCAGUAAGAACUUGGAAAUAGUUAUGAUUUCUUGGCAGUGGAAGGGCAGUUCUAGAAAGUUUACUUUGUUUAGAGUCUCAUCAUUCCCUGGAGUUGACAGAGUGAUUCACAAUCUUUGGGGUUUCCUCCUUGUCAAAAGCAUUUCUUAAGUGCCUAUCUAAAAGCAAUUAAAGACUGUGUCUGCCCUUUGGAAGCUAAGAAUUUGAUUCAUGAUGCAAAUUAGCUAGAUAAUUUGCAAAGUACCCCUCAGAUUGAAGUUUCUCUAUUAUACACUUAACCAUAUUUCAGGUGAACCAUUUAAUUUAAAUGACAAACCCAAUCUAAUCAACUGGGCAUAAUGACAUUUUCUUUAAAUUAGACUCUAUUUUGAAUUAAAGAGUUUUAUUAUAAACUGUGUUUUUGGUUUUUCUAAGUAUAUAGAAAGCUUGUAUAAUUCAGAUUUAUUGAUUUCCUGAUUUAAUGUAGACUUUGACUUUUUUAUUAAAAAAAACCUUUGUAUUAAAGCAAGUUAUGUUAUUUUUCUUCUAUGCUUUUCUUAUGAACAUAGCUUUAAGUCUUUCAAUUCAUUGGAGCAUAGUGCUAUCUGAAAACAAGGAAUUUCUUAUCAAUCAACCUUUUCUGAAUGGAAUAUAUAGCCGAUUUAAUAAGCUAUUCGUUGAAUGGAAAAUAACAUGUGGAAUACUCAAAACUUUUUUGGUUGCUAAGGCUUAAGAUAGGGUAUCAUUUAUUUCCAUAAUAGAAUACUCUUUCUGUUUUUAAAACAUCUGUAUAUCUUCGUGUAAAUCUGUGAAUUUAAAUUAAGUUCAUUUAUUUUUGGUGUUUUAUUGUAGACAACCAUGAAACAAUCAAGCAGUAUCUACUGGUUAGAAGAACUGGUGAUUUUUCUUUGGAUGAUCUAUAAAUUAAUGAAUUGAGAUUUGAAUCAGCAGAGAGACCCCCUAGCAUCUAAACACAUUCUCUCUGAGUUGUUAAGGUCCAAAACAUUCAGAACAACUGUUUUUCUAUAACCAUGACUAUUUCCUCUUGUCUUUAUUUCACAUUUGUUUUCUCUUUAGAAGUGCACUUAUUUCUGAAAAGUUUUAAUGAAACAAACACUUAGAACAAACGUAAACACAAAACACUUGGGACUACUAGAUAUAUUUUAGAUUUGUAUGGAAAAAAUGUGAGGGCAUAUUGCUACUUUAAGAAGAAAUUGAAGUAAUAAAAAUAGAUCUUAGUUAUUUUUUAAAAGCAAUAUAAAUUAUUCAGCAUUUGUCUUGAAAAAUAAUCAUUGGGCUCUCAAGUUCUGUGUUUAGAUACUGAGUUUCAAAAAAUGUUUUGGUGGCAUCAGGCCUUUUUCAUUGAAGGUAAGAAAAGAAUAAAAACUAUGUUUAUAAUA